AUGCCCAAGUUAUUUGCCAUGCUGCGAGCGUCCUGUCCGAAUAUACUGAGCCAUGCGUUUAUAUUGGCUGACUUUAUGCGCGGUCCUUCCGUCACAUUAACUGACGAAUUACCCGGGGUACAACGGUUCACCAUCGCGGGAGUCUCGCGCUGCGGUGCUUCCUUGCAAGAACUGCAUCUCAUUGGAUUCAGCAAAUUUGCCGACAGCGUCUUUGCGUCUGCAUUGUCGAGUUUAUCCUCUUUGCGAGUUCUGAAUCUACGAGGAUGUUCAAAAGUCGCCGCGAAGACGAUAGAAGCAGCGCAGAAGUCAUGUCCCAUGUUGACCUCGCUCAAUCUGAGCUACACGGCAGUGACGCCCGUCUCGCUCGCACCGCUCGCGCUGUCCAGAGCAGACCUGGAAGUUCUAAAGCUGGCAGGGAUCCCCAACUGGACGGACGCGACGUUCGCCAAGUUCCUCUCGGUCAUGGAAGAACGCCCCGACUUCCAGCUGAAGAAGCUGCGCACGCUCAAGCUGCGCCAAACAAGACUAUCCGACCACUCGCUCGACCCCGUCCUCGCCGCGUGCCCGAACCUCAGGCGGCUGGACGUCUCGUUCACGCUGAUACGCCGGCCGAGCCAGCUCACGGGCGACGCGGCGCCGCCGCUCGAAAAGCUCUCUCUCACUUCCACGAGAGUCGCGAACUCGGAUGUUGUGACUAUCGUCUCCCGCCUCCCGCAGCUGAAGGUGUUGGCGCUGGGAGCACUGGGCGGUGGCCAAGGCUCGAGCGUCGCGCUCGCGAACUCGUCGGCUAUGACGUUGACCGACGAUACCCUCCGCUCCCUAACGAGUAUACUUGAAGACUACAAGAAUAUUGAAGACGUGAACCUGGUGGGCAACACGAAGCUCGGGCUAGGCGGCAAGGUGGAUCGCGCCCUUGCUGGAUUCGUGCGGCGAGUCGGGAGGAGAUGCAAAAGACUAAACCUCGCAAAUAUCACGUCCCUGCGCUCCAGCGACCUCAGCGACCUGGUGCCUUGGGAGGAGGGCGAAGAGCCCUCGCCCUUGGAAACGUUAAUCUUAAAUAACACCAACAUAGACGAUGACGCCGCCAUGUAUAUCAGGAGCUGUUCAUCCCUCACAAUCUUGGAGCUGCAAGGGACGAAGUUCACAAGUGAAGGGCUGUUCCAGAUUAUCGAUCAUUGCCCAAAGUUGCAGAAACUGGAUCUCACGAGCUGUCGCGGGAUAAGUGUGACGGAUCGCCGGCGUUUCUUCGAGGUCUGGCAAGACCAGCGGAAAGAAAGGGAGUAAUUUA